GAUGGCUUUGAGAUGGCUUCUUAAUUCAGUUUUUAUUACUUUAGGGCACCCUAGUAGUGAAGGGCAUGUCAAUGAUCACCACCACAAAGAGAGUGUGAAGAUUAGUAUCACUAAUGGAUUGAGGGACUUGAAGGUGGAGGAGAGGAAGAUUGAAGUAGUGAAGAGAGAAGAAUACCCAAAUGGGUUCCAAAUGCCACUUCACUAUCCAAGGUACAAAAAAGUUGAUUAUGAGAAGAUGGAGGAGUGGAAGGUUGAUCUGCUUCUCAAAGAGUAUGGCCUUAGCUUUAAUGGUACUCUUGAUGAGAAGAGAUCUUUUGCUAUGGGAGCAUUCCUUUGGCCUGAUCAACUUUAAUUUUGUCCAAAAUACAAGAAGGUUGAUUUGGGUUUCCUUAAUUAAUUAUGUAUCCAAUUAAGGGUUUUGUUAUAUAUGUGGUGAAGAAAAAAAAAGUCUUUUUGGGUUUUGUAUAUAUUAAGCAAAUAAGUAUUUAUAAACCAAGUCUUUAAUUAAGAUGUAAUAAAGUAGAACUAAGUAAA